CCUGUUUAGUUGGUGGGGAGGGCAUUGAAUGCUUAAAAGCACGCCUUCUGUCCUGAGACGGACUCAAUAGGGUCCACAUCGCGGCGUGCUGGCGGUACAAGCUGAGAUUCCACACAGAGGCACAACAGUUACUGCUCAUCGUUCAUUCUUCAACUGAGCAAACAGAGAGCGCAUUAGCGACGCGAGAGCAGCUGCCGUUACUGGAUCAGCUAUGCUUGGAGGCAUCCUCCCAAAUUUGUUGGUCACAGUGACUCUACUCUUUGUAACUCCAACAGUUACUCAGUGCAGGGGUGAAAUUGACUUUUCAUCAGUUACUUUACCAGGUUGGGGGACAAAUUCAGAAUAUGUUACACAGUGUGUCUAUGACAGCCGUGGCCCUGUGAUUUGUGACUGGAAUGCAACAGAGGAUGGCGUAGUGACAGCUGUAGAGAGUGGUCCACUGAGACUGGAGGGCGAGGCCUGUCUAGAGUUUUGGUACUUAGCCCCAGUUGCAACUAAUGGGACAGAACUCCGUGUCCUGCUGAAGAGCAGCGUUGGUCUGAAAGAAAUCUGGACCUUGCCUCCCCGUCACAGGGAUGCUUGGAGACAAGUAUUUGUCCCUUUGGACAUCAUCAACCCAGGGACACAGGUCGUUAUCGAAGCAGCAUCCACGGAGGGACAGUUUGAAUUUAACCGGAUGGGUGUAAGGAGAGGCUCAUGUGGACCCCAGUGUGAAUCUGACGCAGAGCUGUGGACGGAUGAGUCCACUCGCUGCCUCUGUCCUGGUGGUCAGCUCUCUUGCUCCCCCUCUCAGUGCCCUGAGGGCCAAAGCUGCACCCCUCAAAGAGGGGCAUCCACUGCCACUUGCACUGUGCACAGUCACACUGACUGCAGCACUUUUGAUGGAGAGGUGUUCCGCUUCAUGAUGCCCUGCACCUACACGCUGGCUAAGACCUGCUCGCCCUCUGAGGCCAUGCCCAUGUUCACGGUGGAAGUGGUUAACGAGCAGAGCUGGAACUCGUCGCUGCCGACUGUUCAGCAGGUCGUUGUGAACAUGGGGAACUUCAGAGUGUCCCUGCUGAAAAGGGAAACAAGCCGGAUUGUGGUUAAUGGGGUCUGGAAGAAGCUUCCGCUGAGCCUCAGCAGUGGCACUGUCAACAUCAAGAGCCACCCCGCUGCUGUCGAACUGGGAACCGGUUUUGGCCUUUUAGUCUCGUAUGACAACACUGGUGCAGUCCAUGUCACCCUACCGUCUCUUUACUCUGAUAAAGUCUGUGGGUUGUGUGGAAACUAUAACCACGACAGACGAGACGACUUCAGAAAGCCCGACGGAACAUUUGCCCAAAACGCAACAGCUUUUGCAGAGAGCUGGCAGUCUGGGCAGGCCACCUCCGCCUGUGAAACCGUUCUUGUACCUCAUCAGUGUGACCCCCUGCAGGCGGCCGAGUAUGCCAGUGAGCAGUACUGUGGAGGCCUCCGCUCCAGUAGUGGGCCCUUUGCUGACUGCCUAUCAGUUCUGGAGGGAGAGAGCUACUUCAGGGGCUGUGUGGCCAGCAUGUGCUCCAGCCAUGGUGACCCGACGGUACUGUGUGAGGUAUUACAGGUGUACAGUGAUAUCUGCCAGGAGGCUGGAGUCUCCAUACCCAUAUGGAGGAACUCUUCAUACUGCCCUCUGCUAUGUGGUGAGAACAGCCACUAUAACGCAUGUGCCGAUGGCUGUCCCGAGGUAUGCUCCAGUUUGGAUAUAGUUGGCCCCUGUGGAAGUUGUGAGGAAAGAUGCGAGUGUGACUCUGGCUUAAAGCUCAGUGGGGGAAAUUGCGUCCCAGCAGAGGACUGUGGGUGCUGGUAUGAUGGAAAUCACUAUGAGAAUGGAGCAACAUUCUCGAAGGGAGAAUGUGAGCAACUGUGUCAGUGCAUGGGUAACAAUGACAUGCAAUGCACCACAAUGCAAUGCGCAGACAAAGAGAUUUGCAAGGUCAAGGAUGGGGUGAAAGGCUGUUUCCCUUUUAAGCCUGCUACAUGCAGCGUCUAUGGUGAUCCACACUACAUAACCUUCGAUGGGAUGGCAUAUGACUUUCAAGGAGGCUGCAGUUACACACUGACUACCACGUGUGCAAAGGAAAGCUCAGUCCAGUUCACUGUGAUUGGACACAACAUGCACCCCGCCCUUCAGAACACCCGAUCCAAGCUUGAAGCGGUUGCUCUUCAGGUUGAGGAUCUAUACCUCACUCUGAAUCAGAGUGGAGCGGUCUAUGUGAAUAAUAGCCUCGUCCGACUGCCCUAUUCCACCAAUGGCACAUUCGGCUCAGUAUGGGUCCACCAAAAGAAAAACUACAUCAUCUUGGAGACAACCUUUGGCCUCAGAAUGACGAUAGAUGCAAGGAACAGACUCUUCCUGGAGGUCGAUGAGCAAUACAAAUAUGAACUGUGCGGAUUGUGUGGCACCUACUCUGAACGUCAAGAUGAUGACUUCGUAACACCAGGAGGCCAAAAUGCUACGGGGUCAUUAGAGUUUGGUGACAGCUGGAGACUGCCAGGGGACAAUGAGUGUAUUUCCCAUCCAAGUGAUCCCAGACACUGUGAUUAUCAUGAGGAGAAUGAGGCCUACAAUGAGUGUUACACCCUACUGGGGGACGCCUUCAAACCCUGCCAUGAACUCAUUCACCCAAACAUCUACCUCAAUAGUUGUGUCUAUGACUACUGCGCCACCAAUGGUGAUCAACACACCCUGUGUGAAUCUCUCAAGUCCUAUGCAGCAGCAUGCCAGUUUGCAGGAGUGGAGCUGCCCAACUGGCAAUCAAACACAGCCUGCGCUGAGCCCCCAACCACUACAGCUCAUCCAACACCUUCAACUGCUACCUCUCCAACAACAGAUCAUACUCUCUGUCCCAUAAACUGUGACUUUGAAAAAAACCUGUGUGGUUGGGAGCAACUCUUACAGGACAGUUUUGAUUGGAAAAGACAUUCUGGAUCAACCCCAUCAAGCUUGACCGGACCAAACCAAGACCACACCACUGGAGCUGGUUUCUACAUGUAUAUUGAAGGAAAUAAUGUAACCCAUGGAGAUUCAGCUCGUCUUUGGAGCUCAAUGUGCCAUUACAAUGGCCCACUCUGCCUGCGCUUCUGGUACCACAUGUAUGGUUCAGCCACAUCCAUGGCGCUCAAUAUAUAUCUGCUCAAAGACAAUAAAGCUACCAAGCUUUGGGUCAUGAUGAACAACCAGGGACCAGAAUGGCAUCCAGGAAUAGUUGACAUUCCAGUGUCUGGUCCAUUCCAAAUGAUUAUUGAGGGAAUUCGAGGCUCUAAUACUCAAUCAGAUGUGGCCAUAGAUGACAUUUCCAUCCACUUUAGCUCAUGUUCAGGUAACUUCCCUGGCCUGGGCAGUGGAACUGUGCCUCCCUCCCUAACAGCGGCGGUCCCCCCCUCACUUCCGAUCUGCAAUAUGGAUUGUAGCUUUGACGGCAACCUUUGUAGCUGGAAUCAGAUGGUGACUGAUACUUUGGACUGGACUUGGCAAAAUGGUUCCACCUCAACCCCGAUGACUGGGCCAUCUGCUGACCACACUGGUGAUGGUCACUAUCUUUACAUGGAAGCCGACAACGCGUCACAUGGAGACAUGGCUCGUCUCAUCAGCUCUGAGUGUUCUGAAUCUGGUCCUCAAUGUCUGCAGUUCUGGUACCAUAUGUAUGGCUCAGCAGAUACAAUGGGACUCCAUGUUUACCUGCUACAAAACAAAGUAGCCGAUGCUCUUUGGGGGAAAAGAAAUGACAAUGGAAAUAUUUGGAAACUUGCUCAGUUAGACAUCACAACAACUGGAGCUUUCCAGAUCAUUAUUGAAGGGCGUAGAGGCUCCAACGAAGAGUCUGAUGUGGCAAUAGAUGACGUAAAGCUGUAUCGUGGACAAUGCCCUGAUGUGAGUGGUGUGACAACAAGUCCUCCUAAACCUGAUGAAAACACAAGUCCUCCAAUGGUCCUGGUGCCAACCACUGUGUUUCCACAGCCCCCUGUGGUCAAUGUUACUGCUCAGCUCCCCGUUACAGCUCGACCUCCUGUAGCAAAUGUCACCGUACAUUCAACAGUAGAAGCAAAAACUGACUUCAUUAAUGGAGAAAAUGUUACUGAAGCUGCAGAGAGACCGCCACCAGUAUGCCAACUCAACUGCAAUUUUGACCAAGAUUUAUGUCAGUGGGAUCAACUUCUUACUGAUGCUUUUGAUUGGACAAGGUAUAGUGGCUCCACUCCUACUACAAUGACUGGGCCCUCUUCAGAUCACACAACAGGAGGUGGACACUAUCUUUACAUUGAAGCCAACAACGCGUCACAUGGAGAUACGGCUCGUCUCAUCAGCUCUGAGUGUUCUGACUCUGGUCCUCAAUGUCUGCAGUUCUGGUACCAUAUGUAUGGCUCAGCGGAUACAAUGGGCCUCCAUGUUUACCUUCUCCAGGACAGAGUGGCCGAUGCUGUUUGGUGGAAGAGAAAUGACCAUGGAAAUGUGUGGCAGCCUGCUCAGUUGGACAUCACAACAACUGGAGCUUUCCAGAUCAUAUUUGAGGGCCGAAGAGGUUCUAACAUCCAGUCUGAUGUUGCCAUAGAUGAUGUAAUACUUUAUCGCGGAUCCUGCACAGUUGCGACGGUGGGUCCAGAGUUUCCCACAACUGCUACACAAACACAUUCGUCAACUUUAUCAAAACCACAGCCCACACUGACAGCUACUUUUACAACAAAUACCGAUAUACCAACAACAAGGCCACAGCAACCGAUAACAUCCAAACCAAUAACAACAACCACAACUGGACCUCCAACCACAACCAGACCCCAUCCACCAACAACAGAGUACCCGAGACAUGAAACUCCAGAGCAACCAGAGCCUGAAUUUACAGAGAAACCUCAAACAACAGCAAGUCCAGAGCCACCAACUGCAUCUGCCAACGGACCCCCAACCACAACCAGACCCUACCCACCAACAACAGAGUACACAGGACUUGGAACUCCAGAACAUACAGAACCUGAAAUGACAGAAAGACCUGAACAACCAGCUCCAUCUACUAAUGGAAGCCCAACCACAGCUGGACCCCACCCACCAACAGCAGGACUUGGAACUCCAGAGCCUGAAUUUACAGAGAAACCUCAAACAACAGCAAGUCCGGACCCACUAACUACAUCUACCAAUGGACCCCCAACCACAACUAGACCCCACCCACCAACAACAGAGUACUCAGGACUUGGAACUCCAGAGCAUCCAGAACCUGAAAUGACAGCAAGACCUGAACAACCAGCUACAUCUACUAAUGGAAGCCCUACCACAGCCAGACCCCACCCACAAACAACAGGGCACCCAGGAGAUGGAACUCCAGAGCAACUAGAGCCUGAAUUUACAGAGAAACCUCAAACAAACUCAAGUCCAGAGCCACCAACUGCAUCUGCCAAUGGACCCCCAACCACAGCCGGACCCCACCCACCAACAACAGGACUUGGAACUCCAGAGCAUGAAUUUACAGAGAAACCUCAAACAACAGCAAGUCCGGAACCACUAACUACAUCUACCAAUGGACCCCCAACCACAGCCGUACCCCACCCACCAACAACAGCAGGACCACAUUCCACAACAACAACUGCCCCACAGCGUACAACAACCAAUAAACCACAUUCAACAACAGGUAGACCUCUGCCUACAACUCCAGCCACACCACAACCACAAACUACACAUGUACCAACACCCUCUUGCCCUGAGAACAGUCAUUACACCACUUGCGUCCCACAAUGCAGUCCAACCUGUGAACACCUGAAUGGCCCAUCGGAUUGCAGUGACCAUGAGGGUUGUGUGAAGGGAUGUGUAUGUGAUGACGGUUUUGUGCGUACAAGUAAGGCCUGUGUGCCUAUCCAACGAUGUGGUUGUGUGGACAGGAAUGGCACCACACACAACUUCAAUAAAGAGUGGUACACCGAUCACUGCAGUAAGAAAUGUGAAUGUGAGAAAGACGACGGCGUGGGAAAGAUUGACUGCGAUGACAAAGAUGAGUGCGAUGGAAAAGCUGUCUGCCUUCAAAAUGAGGCGGGAAAUUAUUACUGCCAGUCUACAGGCUUCGGAGAGUGCACUAUCAGGGGAGAUCCUGAGUACAGAACAUUUGAUGAAAUGAAGUUUGACUUUGAGGGAAAGUACUCAUAUGUGCUGGUCAGCACCAACAACUUGCCGUAUUACCUUCCACAUGUCUACAUCGAGGGCACCAAUACCCUCGAUGAUGAGAAAGAUAGGCGGCAUCAUGGUGACGGUAGCAGUGAAGAAGACAACAGCCGCAGGUCGAGGGGCGAUGAUGAUGAUGACAGCAAACAUGAUGACGACAGUGAAGAGCACAAGGAACACCACAGAUUACAAGAGCUUAAGAUCAGAGUAUAUGAUCACACUGUCGUAUUGAAGCAAAACUGCAGGCUGAUUGUGGAUGGAAGGGAAACCAAAACUCCCACCUCACCAACUGCUGGUCUAAACAUCUCCCUGCAUUCCUCUCGCAUCUACCUGAAGACCGACUUUGGCCUCUCCGUGGAGUUUGACGGACGCAACGCAGCAGAGAUCAUUUUACCAAACUUGUAUAAAAGGAAAGUGGGGGGUCUGUGUGGGAACUUUGACGGCCACAAGGGGAACGACCUGAUGAAGCCAGAUGGUACCAGGGCCAAGAGCAUCAAAAAGUUUGGAGACAGCUGGAGAGUGUGAACACCAGAUGAUGCAAGAAUGAGACAUGGCUCAUAAAAUGACCCGUGACGGCUUUGACCACGAGCAGAAGAAUCAUUGCGGCAGCUAACGAGAAUUCAGACAGAAAUAAUGUUGAUUCAAUCUUUUAAUGAGGCAACAUUUCUUCUCAAAAAAUCGACAGACACAACUUCAGCCGGACUGAUGUGACUGAGGGACUGAGGGUUUUCUUUCAUCUUGAUAUAAAUACAGGACAAUGAAAACUUUUCCACUGCUUUGAUAGUGAAAGUUCUUAGAGGGGUACACCAGAACCCAAAGCAUCAUGAGUUACAAGACAUAACUAAAUGCACCACUACGCUAACAUCAAUCAGCAAUGUUGCAUUGUUUCAAGAAUCUUUCAAGUCAAUUUUAAAAAAAGUAGAAAUCUCAAACAUCUUUGCUUCUUCGCAAUAUCAUUGAGCUCUGUGGCUAUAUAUCAGACAACUGUUUGUGUCAUUGCCAAACAAACAGGUGUGCAUAUGCCUUAAUAAUGAUAAUGCAUGACUACAUGGGAUUAUUCAUCACUAUCCGUUAUUGUUGGAAAGACGAUCAAUGUGCAAUAAAUGAUUAUACAAAAUGUUGCUUGCAUACUGUGUAAUUGGAAUCUAAUUGGAAGGUUUUCUAUUUAAACUUCUUUGCUCUAAUAAACACGCACUGUGGUUACA